AUGUUCUGCCACACAGAGAUGGUCAGCAGUCAGCCUCUCCCCAUAGCAGACAGUGGGAAAAGAAAAAAGAAAAAAAGAACCAGAGCCACAGAUCAUGUCCCUGGAAAGUUUGAAGACUUGUACAAGCUGACUGCUGAACUUCUUGGUGAGGGAGCAUAUGCCAAAGUUCAAGGUGCUGUCAGCCUUCAAACUGGGAAAGAAUAUGCAGUAAAAAUCAUUGAAAAAAACGCUGGGCAUAGUCGCAGUCGGGUUUUUCGUGAAAUAGAAACGCUGUACCAGUGUCAGGGUAACAAGAACAUUUUGGAGUUAAUAGAAUUUUUUGAAGAUGACACCAGAUACUACCUUGUCUUUGAGAAGCUGCGAGGAGGUUCGAUCCUGGCACAUAUACAAAAGCGAAAGCACUUCAAUGAACGAGAAGCUAGCAAAGUAGUGAGAGAUAUUGCCUGUGCUCUGGAUUUUCUUCAUACAAAAGGUAUUGCUCAUAGGGACCUGAAGCCUGAAAACAUCCUGUGUGAAUCCCCAGAAAAGGUAUCACCGGUAAAAAUAUGUGACUUUGAUCUUGGUAGUGGGGUGAAGUUGAACAGUGCGUGUACUCCAAUAACUACUCCUGAAUUAACAACGCCGUGUGGGUCUGCAGAGUACAUGGCACCUGAAGUGGUUGAAGUCUUCAUGGAGGAAGCCACGUUCUAUGAUAAGCGGUGUGAUCUUUGGAGCCUGGGAGUGAUCCUGUAUAUCAUGCUCAGCGGUUACCCCCCUUUUGUGGGCAACUGUGGCACAGACUGUGGCUGGGACAGAGGAGAAGUCUGCAGAGUUUGCCAGAACAAGCUUUUUGAGAGCAUUCAGGAAGGCAAGUAUGAAUUUCCUGACAAGGACUGGUCACACAUAUCCUCUGAGGCCAAAGAUCUCAUCUCAAAGUUGCUGGUUUGUGAUGCCAAAGAACGACUUAGUGCUGCUCAAGUUUUGCAACAUCCAUGGGUUCAAGGACAGGCUCCUGAAAGGGGAUUACCUACCCCUCAAGUUCUUCAAAGGAACAGUAGCACAAAAGACCUGACACUUUUUGCUGCUGAGGCUAUAGCCCUUAACCGCCAGUUGUCUCAGCACGAGAAUGACCUCAGCGCAGAGCAGGAGAAUGUUGCCCACGCUGUGUGCUCCAUGAAGCUUUCACCUCCAUCCAAGUCCCGCCUCGCCAAGCGCAGAGCAAUGACACACGCCACCAGAAACAGUGACUUUCAGCCAGUUCCCCAUAAAGCCUUUUAAACUUCUUUCCUGCUAUGGAUUGGCAAGAUCAGCCUGUGUUUUUACUUGGGAUUUUUAGCACUGGUAAAAGCUUCUCUGCUUCUGCCACUUUGGUUAGAAGCUUGCUCUUGUGAUGUGACUUGUAACUUUAAGGGGACAGCUUUUUAUGGGAAUGUGUUUUGCCUGUCAGAUUUGGUGCAUUAAGAUAAUUUAACCGAUCUUUUUAAACUGGAAAAGAUGGGUUUGCUGCUGGAUUAUUUGAGGUGAUAAAGCACUAAGCUUUCCUUAUUUUCCUCUUGGAAGAGCACACUUUAAAAUGCGAACUUGAAAACAUCAGGGAAAAAAACCCCUGUUUUGCCCUGCAGAGCGUCAGGUCUCUCCCUGCCUAUGGCUGCUCUCUUGAUGGCACAUCUUGCAGGGCGCUGCUGCUAGUGUCAGCAGCAGGGACUGUUUUCAACAGCAGUGCCCUUCCCUCAUUCUGUAGACUCGGGAAAUGAAGAUAAUGACUGGGUAGAUACCUGCCUCCAUUGCCUUCACUAGGCUUAAAUUGUAUGAGGAUGAUGCUGUAAAGGUGCAAGGAUCGCUCAGGCUUGUAGAGGUGAAGAGGACUGAGUUGCUUUUUUUUUUUUUUAUUCUGUUGAUAGUCUGUGUCAGAAUGUGGGAUGAAAGCCAGGGGUGUGUUUUUCUUCAUGUGACAUAUUGUUCACUAAAAUGCCCCCCAUAUAAUCUUUUUCUGUUGUCCAGUGUGUCUCUUUCUCUGGCAGUUACAUUGUUUAUCAAACAGUUUAUAUUUUGUAUCUGGGUUUUCUUCUAUAUUAAUGCUAUCCUCAGUUAUGCCUUCCUUUCUGUAAACUACUAUUUCUCCAAGUCCUUUUGUGUGUGUUGCCUGAAGUUCUUAAUGUGAAUGGACAGGCUUCAGUGAAUUUUGGUGUGCGAAUAAUUUAAGAUUAUCAAAUGCAGAGGUACAUCUGUACAAAAAUGGUGCUGCAGCUGUUGCAUUCUGCCUCCUGCGGUGAUCUCAGGCUGGUGUCUAUAGAUUUUUGCUUCCAGUUCUAGUACUGUGGUGCACCAAGGGUCAGGGGCAAUUUGGAAAGGUACUGGCUGAAAAGCUGAAGAUUCUGAGUGGCCAAGGUGAGGUGCCCAUGGGGAAGGGCAUGGAUGUUGAGCACUUUCUGAAAAGCAAGCUGUGAAAAUUGGGCCACUAAGAUGCCUGAUGUGAUGCGCCUUAACUUGCAGCCAUUUCUGAAACCCUUUGCCAGGGCAUUCUGUUCAGGGUGGAAAGGGGGAGGAGGCGGCGGCCCCCAAGUGUCAGCACAAACCCCUCCCAAGCAGAAUGAGAAGAAAUAAAGUAGCAGAUCCAACAGGCGCUUGGAAAUUGAAAGGUCAAAGCUGAAUGUCUUUGCAUGGCCUAUUCAGAGUGGUUUUACAUAAUCUUUUAGCAGUGUGUAUACAACUAUUUUUAUACAACAUGCUGUAUUUUGUGACUAAUAUUAAAGUUAUUUAAAACAUUUUAUACAUUGUGACAGUGGGCAGAUUAUGAAAUGUAUUUUUUGCUUUGUUUUUAUUAAAACGCUUUAAGUUACGGAUUUAACACA